GUGUCAGAUCCAGAUAACCGGUAUACAUCCUUCGGAAAGAAAGAGACCGGCCCAGAGUCCAAAUAUGUUUACAAGAACAAUGCUUACGAUGAGACAGAGGGAGCCAAGCUCUGAGACCUGUGUGCCACCAACUUGUGUAUAUGUGUGUCUAUGUGUGCUCGUAAAUGUGUGUGAGUGAGAGAAAGAAAGAGAGAGAGUGUGUGUUUGUGUGUGUAUGUGAACGUAUGAGUGUAUGAUUUUGUUUGCAAAGUGGUAUGUUUCGGAUGUGUUGGAUAAAAUGUUAGACGGUAAUACUUUUUUUUUAAGUGUGCUUGUUGGGAUGUGUGUGUGUGAGAGAGAGAUAGUGAGAGAGAAAGAAAGAGAAAGAAA